GGAUUGUUCUUCAACAUGACGCAUGAAGAGAGAAUAGAUUCGGAUAGGAGAUCUAUCUAUGUGGGGAAUGUGGAUUAUGGCUCAACCGCUGACGAAUUGGAGAUGUACUUUAAUGGCUGUGGCCACGUAAACCGAGUUACAAUCCCGUAUAACCGAUUCACAGGACAUCCAAAAGGUUUCGCCUACAUCGAGUUCUCCGAGAGGGAGUCGGUGAGGACCGCCAUGACUUUAGAUGAAACCCUAUUCAGAGGCCGUGUCAUUAAGGUAUUGCCAAAAAGAACAAACAUUCCCGGUUUCAGGACGACGGAUCCGUACUUGCGUGGAGGCUGGUCCCGGGGACGGGGAUCGCGCGCCUCCAGGUUUUACCCGCUCAGAGGCUGCCACUUCAUUAGGGAAAAUGGAAGAGCUCGUCCAUGGGUUGAUUCUUUUUGAUAUUCAUUUUCUGUUAUCUUCAAAGCACUUCUUGGUGCUAAUUAAAAGUGCAAGUGCAUGUAGGGAGUUCAGUUUAGUAUUAUUAUGAUUAUUUUGUGUGUGUGUGUAUCUUGGAUGACACUACAGAAAGCGAAGACUUGAUUUCAUGUUGAGUGGUUACCAUUUUAUUUACAUUUUAUACCAUUUCUUUAAGAAACCAUGCCUGUGAGAGGCCGAAACGCCUCGUGAAUUUCAGUACUUUUUCUAUUUUUGCUUUUUCAGUGCUUUAGACUUGAGCAAAAUCACUGUAAAUAAAAACAAUAUCAUCACGAGUCAUUUUAUUAAACACAAA